UCAAGUUCAAGAAGAGAAUGGACACCUUUCUAAAGUCAUCACACUUCAAGGUAUCACUGCUGCUCACACUCUCAAUGGCAGCAGUUGUUUGCAGCAGCGCCUAUGGUGUGAUGGAUGAUUGCAGUGAUGAGAGUUGGCAUUUGUACAAAAAUCAAUUCCAAAAGCAAUAUGGUUCAACGGUCGAGGAUGCGCGUCGACGCCUAAUAUUCUGUAAUAACAUACACAUGAUUUACGCACACAACGAGCGUUAUAAGAGAGGUGAGGUAACUUUUGGAAUGGGCGUUAAUCAGUUUGCCGAUUUGACGACUGAAGAAUUUCGUCGUUGGUUGCAUGGUGGGAGUAUUGGUGGUGGUGGUGGAGUAGUCGGCGAGAGUUUCACGAGUGCAGGGCCAUAUUCUAAAAGAAAUUAUGUUGAUGCGAAUGUUGUAUUUCUUAUUUAA